UCUCUAAAACACAAUAUAUAAUUAUACAUUCAUAUAUAUCAUCGGUGGAUUGAUUAAUUGAUUGAGUGGAGAACAGAAAUAGAAACAGAAAUGGAAUUGAUGGUGGGCACUGCAACUGGAACUGGAACCAGUCUUUCAAGAACCACCAGUAACGCCACCACUACUAACAAAAUCAUCCCUUUCACUUACACCGCCGGCGAUGAUUCCGGCGAAGGAUUCUGCCGCCGUCCCCUCAUCCGCCGCCUUUCCAGCUCCGGCCGCGGCGGCGGCGGCCUGGUCGCUGCUUUCCUCCGCUCCAUGAUCUCAAUCUUCAGCUUCCCCUCGAUUCUGCCGAGCUGCAGCUGGAUCGGCCUCCCGACGCCCCUCCCCAUCCCGCCGUCGCUCGGCCGGAAGGUCACCGGAACUCUCUUCGGCCGCCGGAGGGGUCACGUGACCUUCGCCGUGCAGGACGACCCGAGAUCGGAGCCAGCGCUGCUCGUCGAGUUCGCCGUCUCCACCGCCGCGCUCGUCCGGGAGAUGUCCUCCGGUCUCGUCAGGAUCGCCCUCGAGUGCGAGAAGCCCCGCCGCCAUGGCGGAGGAAGGAGGCUGUUGGGGGAGCCGGCGUGGACGAUGUACUGUAACGGGAGGAAGUGCGGCGGGGCGGUGACUAGGGAGUGCAGCGAGUCGGACUGGCACGUGCUGAGCACGGUGCAGAGAGUGUCGGUGGGGGCCGGCGUGAUUCCGGUGGUGGACGACGGCGGCGCGGCGGCGGAGGGGGAGUUGCUGUAUAUGAGAGCCCGGUUCGAGAGAGUCGUAGGGAGCCGUGACUCGGAGGCCUUUUAUAUGCUCAACCCGGACGGCAAUGGCGGACCCGAGUUGAGCAUUUUCUUCCUUAGAAUUUAAUUUUUAAUUUUUAUUUUAUAUACUUACAUUACAAUACACAGACUUUUUUUUUUUUUAAUUUAUUUUAUUGGAUUGGACAGUAGUUAGAGCCUUAUAUAUGUGUUCAUGUAAUAUAUAUACAUAUAUAUGUAUAUGGUAUCGUAUCGAAUCGAAUAUAUGGGUGCUUUUCUAAGUAAUUAAUGUUAUUCAGUAUAAAUAUAAUUCACUAUUAUGUGAAUUAUAAAAAUCUGAAUAGUAAAUAAAAAAAUUAAAGAUAAUGUACAUUUGAAAUAUAAA